AUGGCAAGAGCUGGAACCGGGAAUAAGGAGACAACUCUGUACCUCCAUAUGGCGUCUCUUCCGGAUCAUGUGAGAGGUCAGAUUUUCCUUGAUAAAGUCGGUUUAGGGACGCUCAGGAAGCUCGCAGAUAAAAUUGCAGUGUCUGGUUUCUAUGUGGUGGUUCCUGACUUCUUUUACGGAGAUCCGUACAAUCCCAAUGAUCCUAAGAGACCCAUGGUGGAGUGGCUAAAAGAUCAUGGAACGGAUAAAGGAACUGAAGAUGCGAAAGCAGUUGUUGCAGCUUUGAAAAGUAAAGAAGUAUCUGCAAUUGGGGCUGCGGGCUUUUGCUGGGGUGCGAAGGUAGUGGUGGAAUUAGGGAAGCACCGUCUCAUCAAUGCUGCAGUGCUUUGUCAUCCUUCAUUUGUCACUGUUGAUGAUAUUAAAGGCAAGCAUCUAGUUGAAACUCCCAUCGCCAUACUUGGAGCCGAGAAUGACAACGUUUCUCCACCAAAGCUGGUGAAACAGUUUGAGGAAGCUUUAUCUGCGAAAGCUGAGGUGGAUUCUUUUGUGAAGAUCUUCCCGGGGGUGGCACAUGGAUGGACGACAAGGUAUGACGUUAAUGAUGAAGCAGCUGUGAAGAAGGCAGAAGAAGCGCGUCAGGACAUGUUGGCCUGGUUCACUAAGUAUGUCAAGUAAGAGAAGAUACUUUGUAUAUGAUUAAAAACAACAUUUGAUAGUGCAAGCUUGAGUUGUAUUGUAACCUGCUUCUCUCUCUGUUAUUAAUGGGAUUCAGUGAGUGAAGUAUGAGUUGUAUGUAUAACCUACUUCCCUUUGUGUUAUUAGUGCGACUCUCAGUCAGUGAUUCCUAUGAGUCUGUGGAUGCCAUUAUCAAGUUGAUUGUUUGUUCGGUUUUGGAUAUUACUUGCCAAAUAUCUAUUAUUACAA